AUGUCCGCCAAACCAGCACCAGCAGAAUCCCGGGGCCCCAGCCCGGGCCAAUCUUCCGGUUCCACGUCAGCACCGAAUGGAAAGGAGACCCCGAACGACGUGGAGAUGAAGAGCUUGCGACCCGAUCCUCCCAAGGGUUCAAUUCCCCUGGGCGAGGAUGUGAUGCAAUUAGCCCGGAUGGGAGAGAUUGGCGCCAUGCAGAACUUGUUCACAGCCAAGAAGUUCACCGCAAACUAUCGCGACGAGGAGGGGAUCACACCAUUACAUUGGGCCGCAAUCAACAAUCAAUAUGCGAUGUGCAAAUUCCUACUCGAGUCUGGAGCCGAUGUCAACGCCAAAGGAGGUGAAUCGGUGGCGACACCCGCCAUGUGGGCCGCGCAGCGCUGUCAUUACUACAUUGUCAACCUCUUGCUCCAGAAUGGUGGAGACCCCCUCCUGACUGAUGUCCAAGGAUACAACAUUCUCCACCUGGCGACCAUCGACGGCAACGCGUUCCUGGUCGUCCUCCUCCUGCACCAGGAGAUUCCCGUGGACGUGGUUGAUCAACAAGGACACACUGGACUGAUGUGGGCUGCGUACAAAGGAUAUCCCGCGUGCGUGGAUUUGUUCCUGCGCUGGGGCGCCAACGCGAACGCCAUGGACGAAGGUGGUCUGACACCGCUCCACUGGGCGCUGGUCAAGGGCUCAAUGCCCUGCGUUUUGAAGUUGCUCGAGUACGGCGCCGAUCGCUUUGCAAAGACCCGUGAUGGAAAGUCGCCUGCAACUGUGGCGCAGGAAAUGAACACCCUGCGCGUUUGGUACCGCUCGCUCAACGAGCGCGGGUACGAGGCUGAUGGGACGCAGAAGGUGGCCCCUAUGGGCUUGUCCAGCUUUAUGCGCAACAAGAGUGUUAUGGCUAAGUUCUUCUUUUUGUGGCCUUGGUUGACGAUUCUGGUCGCGCUCUGGAUGCUCAGUCAUUUGGCGAUCUUCAUGUCUGUGCCCCUUGUGCUGGUGACCGUAUUCGGGAUGCAGUACGUUGCACAGCAAGUUGCGAACAAGGGUCCUUCGGAAUAUCGCAUCUUGCAGAAGACGCCUUACCUGGCAGGUGUUUUCGCCGGAACGUUGUUCUGGGUUGGCCUCCGCUGGGCUUUCAAGGUCCUACCCGCAACUUACUCUACAUCCCCGAUCCUGAACAUCCUAUUCGCGGUGUUCUUCUGCGCUACCGCUUACUUCUACAUCUUCUCUAUGGUCCAGGACCCGGGCUACGUCCCCAAGUUGAACAGCAGGAACCAACAGAGAGAGGUUGUCAAGGAGCUGUUCGAACAAUGGAAGUUUGACGAGGAGAACUUCUGCAUCCCCUGCAUGGCGAGAAAACCGCUCCGGAGCAAGCACUGUCGGCGUUGUGGACGCUGCGUUGCGAAGCACGAUCACCAUUGCCCGUGGAUUGAUAAUUGCGUGGGGUCGAACAACCUCCGUCAUUUUGUCCUCUAUAUAGUCUCUCUCGAAGUCGGUAUUCUUCUAUUUGUGCAGCUGACCAUUGCCUGUGAGUUCAAGCCCAACAUCAUCAGUCGAUCAAUCAUUAACGAAGAUGCAGAUAUCAACAUUCUACCCGCCCCCAGUAAUGUUACGUGUAAUGUGAUCAACGACACCUUGUGCGAUUACGCAUCUCGCGACACUUUCACCCUAGUCCUCAACAUCUGGAUCACUCUCCAGCUCGUCUGGGUCACGAUGCUAUGCGCCGUCCAGCUCGUCCAGAUCUCCCGCAAUCAGACCACCUACGAGAACAUGCGAGGCCACCACAUCGAUCGGUCCUACCCCAGUUCUCAGGCCUUUGCAUCGGCUAUGACGGCUGGAACCACCUCAAUGGAGACGGCCGGAUUCACGGCCGCAGGACAAGGGCCCAACCCCGCACUCCUCGGCCCUCCAGCACCCCGCCGAAAACACGGCUGUCUCGCCCAAUGGUCAUCCCUUCUCGGUAUCGACGCCUUCUGGACGACCGCCAAGGACGGACUCCGCGAUGGGCCCCAAGCGGCUCGUCCCCGCAACCCCUUCUCCCGGGGCGUAGUCACAAACUGCCGCGACUUCUGGUGCGAUCCCGCGCCGCUCUUUGGCAAGCGUGUGAACGGUUCUGGAAUGCUCGGCGGCGAGGUGAUCAAUUAUCAUGAUAUGUACGAAACUCCGAUGCGCAUGCAUACCGGCCGGUCCGAGGGAGCGAACUACCGCAGCGUUGCUGGUGAGGACCCAGAACGUAUGGUGUAG